AUAUAGCCGAAACUAAUGACAAUCCUAGUACUACUCUUGCAAGCCUUAGGUGAUAUGAUUAUGAACAACUUGCAUUUCCCUAGCCGGUUUCUGAACAUUACAUAUUCUAUGCAGGUGACUGAUGUCACUGUGGAGUUGGUGGAAGGAGAUGCUAGGAAUGUUCUCUGUGACGCUGUUGACAGGCACCAUGCAUCCGUCUUGGUUGUCGGUAGUCAUGGCUAUGGAGCCAUAAAAAGGGCGGUUCUUGGAAGCGUAAGUGACUAUUGUGCUCAUCACGCUCACUGCAGCGUGAUGAUUGUGAAGAAGCCUAAAACAAAACAUUGAGCUGAGUGAGCCUCCUCCUAUCCUAUCUAUGGCGUUUCGUGGUGGCAGUAUUUUACGAUACUUAUAAUAAAUUCGACCAUUUGUGAGUUGUAAGGUUAUAUACUAGUGGUUAUAGUUUGAUUGUUCAAACUUCAAAGUAUGGUAUGUAUUAUUAUUGUAAGGUACAAAGUUGAAGCUUAAACUUUCGUAUAACGAGUGAUGUAUCCGUAUAAAUACCAGUUUAGUUUACCAAAA